AUCGCAUCAACUUGGAUUCAUCCGUCCACUUACAAUGUCUUCUACAGAUCAGUUACCUGCUCUGUUUGGAGAGCUAGAGCGAUUUGUAUCUCAAGCCGAAUAUGACAAAGCUCUCAAGAUGUGCGACAAAAUUCUCGGCAUUGCUUCUGAUGAUCAGGACGCUUUGCACUGCAAGCUGAUUACCUUGAUCCGCUUGGAGAAGUACUCUGACGCCCUGGCACUCUUGUCCAGAAAGUUCAAAGGCGAGAACAAGUUUCUGUUUGAACGUGCCUACUGUCUGUACCGUAGCAAUCAAUUGGCUCAAGCAUUGGAAGUCAUUGAGACGGCAAACCAAUCAGGCCAGCAAGAUGUUGCCACACGACACCUGGAGGCUCAAUUGAACUACCGCCUUGAGAACUACGCCGCUUGCCUCGAUAUCUACCGAUCACUUCUCGAUGAAAUGAACGAUGGUGAAGGCAGCUACUACGAAGUUCUUGCAAAUUACAAUGCCGUAAAGGCAUCUAUGCUCACGUUCACUGGUUCCUUGAACGAAAAGCAUGAUUUGAAGGAUAACACCGAAACAUAUGAACUUGCUUAUAACUCUGCCUGUGGUCAAAUUGCCCAAGGCAACUUGACCAAGGCUCAGGACCUGUUGGAAUCCGCAAAGAAGAUUUGCAGGGAAUCUAUGAUCCGAGAUGAUUAUACCGAAGCUGACAUUGAACAAGAACUUGCUGUCAUUGUCGCCCAGUUAGCUUAUGUCUAUCAGCUGCAGGGCAAGACUGACCAGGCGGUUGAGCUUUAUCAGUCUAUUGUCAAAUCAAGCUCUGCUGAUCCUGUAGUCUCCGCCGUAGUGGCCAACAAUUUGGUUUCUGCCAAAAAGAAUGAAGAUCUAUUUGAUGCUGCCAAGAAGUUGAAGGCUGCUAGUGCCAAAGAACUUGAUAGCAAGCUCUUCUCCCAUCAAAAGCGUGUGAUUUCUAUGAACGAAGCUCUUCUUAACCUUUACAUGCAUAAGUACAAUGCCUGUACAGAUUUGACUCAAAAACUUUUGGAAAAGUACCCUGGCAACGAAGACUUGUACUUGAUUUUAGCUGCAGUUUCCGCUCACCAAAACAAGAACAGCAAAGCACUUGCCGAUUUGGAAUCGUUCGCCAAAGAACAGCCGCAAUCUCUUGCCAUUCGUUUUGCUAUCAUCCAACUCCAACUCAUUGAUGCCAAGCGCACGGCUGCUUUGGAAACAUUGGAGAGCUACCUCAACGAAGUCAAGUCUCAGCCAGAAGUCUAUUAUCAACCUGCUCUCAUUGCUCUCCUUGUGUGGUUGUAUGAACAAACUGGGCAAUCUGAACGGGCUAUGCAAACAUUAGAUGAUGCGUCAGCGCAGUGGAAGAAGGGUACCUCCUCUACGAGCACCAAGCCUCCUUCCUCGAUCCUCAAGCAAACCGCUGCGUUCAAGCUCAAAGCUGGACGAUUCCAAGACGCAGCUACUGACUAUGAACAACUUGUUAAGGCAGACCCUAUGGAUGCUCAAGCCAUUGCUGGUUUGAUUACUGCGUAUGCUGAAGUCAAUCCUGCUAUGGCCGAAAAGUACGGAAACUCACUUCCCGCAUUUGAGUCCGGCGAAUUGGAUCUCGCCACUCUUGAAUAUGUUGUUCCUGGUGUCAAACGCCGAUACGUGAAGAAGGACGGUAAAGAUGGACAUGUUGCCAAGAAAUCUAAAAACAAGAAGAAGAGAAAGGCAUUGUUGCCCAAGCAAUAUGAUGCACAAGCCACUCCAGACCCUGAAAGAUGGUUGCCUAAGCGCGAACGUUCCAGUUACAGAGCCAAGGGUAAGAACAAGAAGGCCUUGGCUAAAGGAUCACAAGGUGCUAGCGAUGUUGGAGGAGGCAUUGGCGGCACUGGAAGCGCAAAUAUCGCAGGUAUGCCAAAGCAAGUGCCUGUUGCUACCCCUGAAGUUCAGCCUGAAGCUGUCGCUGCAAGCUCACCCAAGCCCAAACCCGCUGCUAAGAAGAAGAAGAAGGGAAAGGGUAACAAGUGGUAAAAUAACGUUCUAACCCAGCCGAUGCUAUCAUUGAUGAUCAGAUAAAUGCUGCUUUAUAACG